UUUCUCUCCGUCGUGCGUUCUCCUGAAGAAGUGGCGACCUACGUGCAGAGAUUUCAAGUGCUUCGUCUACGGCUUAACUGCCAGUCUACCUCGUGGGGGUCUCGCGCUGAUAGCCUCAACCACCCUGUCAUUCAACCUGACAUUCAAAUCUGAGCCUGAACCCCACACCGCUGGAAGAAGGAGGAGGAACUCGAGAGGAACAGUCAACAGCUGGAAGGGGAAUGUAAUGUGGGGAUCCCGUCAUGACCACGUUCGACACCCGGGCCUGACCUCUUCGUUCGACAAUAUCAACGAGAACACCGAUCACGAGAACACCGAUCACGAGAAUAACCCCAGCAGCGACAGAAAUAGCGACGGCGACACGAUCCAAAUGAUGGACUCGCCCACGCGGCGCUCCUCGUUCCCGUCAUCGUGGCAAAAAUCGACGACGAUAUUCAAAAUGCCCCGACUAGGCAUCGACCUCGCGGCGUCCAUCCUCGCUGGAACGCUGCUCGUCAACCUGCUCCUAGCGACAAUCGCGCUCCUAUCCUACGCCCGCUUCCACAGUAAGGGGUCGGGCGGAGCGACGGUGUAUGUGGGCUCGUGUGGUGCUGUUGAGGGCUGGAACUCCGCGCUGCAUUUGCUGGGGAAUGCGUUGGCGAGUCUUGCGGUCGCGGCCUGUGUGUAUGCGUUGCAGUGGGUGACUGCGCCGUCGCGGGCGGAGAUCGAUCGCGCGCAUGUGAGGAGGUGUUGGAGGGUGAUUGGGAGUUUGGGGUGGAGGAAUUUGGGGAGGUUGUCGAGGAGGAGGUGGUUGUUGGUUUUGGGGGUUGUGAGUGCCGCGGUGCCGUUUCAUAUGAUGGUCAAUUCCGCGGUGUACUCGUCUAAAACGCUGAAGCAGUUUGAUGCGUUUGUGGCUAGUGCCCAUGCUGAAGUGAAUGAGCAGUUGGUGGAUUCGAUGGGUCCUGAUCGGUGUUUGGGGAGACUGCUUGGGUGGAAUAAGGCUGGAUUUAAUGCGGCGUUGAAGAACGGCCAGUUUGAGCGUCUAGACGCUGAGACGUGUCGACGGCAGUUUGAGAACCCGCUGUCGGAUUGCAAGUUCUGCGGUGCUGGUCAGGGGACUAUGGUGCUUCUCUCCAGCGAGCUGAAGAACAGCUCUCUCUUCUAUGCGUCGGGAGAGUCACUGCCAGACACGGGCUCCUGGAUGGCGGACCUCGUCCCGUUGCAGAUUCCCGAGUGGAAUGUCACCGUCCCCAUCCGCAACGGGACCUUCACCAUGAACCCGCACCUGCUCAACGGGAUUCCCAUGGAUGUGGACGUGGAGAUGCGAAAGGACUUGGCGACUAUGUAUGACUUUCUUUUGAACAACUACACCGAGUCGGUGGUGCCGUACACCGGGCUGGAGCGGUUCCAGAAGUUCCUCCGCGAGGCCCACUGGAACAAUGCCACCUGGGCGCAGCGCGCCGUCAUCCAGCAGCAGGGACUGGUCUGCACGCCCGAAAAGGCCUUCGACACGCUCACCACUCCGUACUUGCUGAACAGCCCGCAGUACAAGGUCGACGGGUGUCUGAACCAGAAGAUCACGGAAGACUGCGAACUGACGAUCCUGCCGGCGGGCCUGCUUCUGGUCCUCGCGUUCAGUGUGAUCCAGGUGGCGUGCGUGUUCCUGAUCGCGCGCCAUGACAAACCCGGCGCGCUGCUCACGGUCGGCGAUGCGAUCGCGUCGUUCAUGGCGAACCCGGAUCCGUCCACGACGGGCCAGUGCAUGAUGUCCAAGUCGACGGUGGGACGGGCCUGGGAAGCCCCGUGGCUGCCGUGGCUAUUCCGCCAGCGGGCUCCGCCGAGGCGUGACCCUACGGUCAGCUAUCCGGAAGCGCUGCCACAGGGACAACGGUGGUUCCAAGCGGCCAGCUUAUACCAAUGGGGAGUGGCAGUUCUCCUUGCACUUGCCUACCUUGGACUCCUGGGUUUUGUCCUCAUCGGAUAUCUCCCCCGCCAUGCCUCAUUCUGGGAGCUGAGCGGAAAGAAAGCUCUCGCAUCCAACACGCCCCAUCUCGCUCUCUCCCUCCUAUACUUCUUCUACGACGAUCUCUUCACCUGCAUGGCCAUCGUCGACGAAUACAGCCAAUACGCGCUCCAACGAAUGCCGCUACGCGUAUCCCACCCACGAGGCAUCCAGCGCUCCACAUACUACCUCAGCCUGCCCUACAAAUACGCAGUCCCCCUCCUCCUAAUGACAACCGUCCUCCACUGGACACUCUCCAAAACCUUCUUCUUCACCCAAUUCAUAAUCUACGACAAGUUCGGCGACGUGCGUGUCGACAGCCCCAUCAGCACGUUCGUGUUCGCCGGACGCCCUGCCAUCCUAACUUUGGUCCUAUCCCUCGUGACUGUCUGUCUGGCUCUCGGCCUCGGCGCCCGCCGCCUCCCCAUCUCGAUCCCCUUGGCGAGCAAUUGCAGCGCCGCCAUCAGCGCCGCGUGCCAUCCCCCGCGCGGCGACCCCGACGCGGCCCUACGGCCGGUCAUGUGGGGCGAGUUUGACGAGCCUGCUUCGGACCUCGAUGUCGAGAAUGACCCGGUGGCAGCGGACGACCGCGACUGGGAUGGAAAGGCUGGGUAUGCGCGGUGCGGCUUUUCAUCUGCGGAGGUGGCCACCCCGAGUGGCAUUCGGUUGUAUGCUUGAUGUAUA